GCGAGGAAUGCAGCUCGUAUUGGAACAACUAAUUCUACAGGUACUACGACUACGACGAGUCCGUCUCCAUCCACGGGUACAACCCAGCCAUCAAUCUCGACAUUCGAGCUUAUCGCGCUCAUCAUGGACGAGGAUCGGCGGCGCAAGGAAAAGUCCGGCACGGCCGGAGGAGAUUCUGCGCUCGCAGCAAUGAGCGGCAGAGGGAAGGACUCGCGUGGCAAUCGCAGCCAGCGAGGCGGCGGCGAAGGCGAUUGCUUCAACUGUGGCAAACGAGGCCACUACAGCAAGGAUUGCUGGUCGAAGGGCGGCGGAGCCGAGGGCAAAGCGCCGCACCGCAAGAAGAAAGGCCGACAAGGUGGCUCGCAAGCACACCAAGGAUCGGCUUCGGCAUUCUCAGCUAGGGUGCCGAACGACGCGGUAUUGACCGCAGAGACGGCGUCGACGAAGACGUUCGACGCGAAGAUGCCACGCGACGCGUGGCUGUCCGACUCCGGGUGCACGACGCACAUCGCGAACGAUCGGGAGGUAUUUGUGGAGUUCUCGCCCAUUGGGGACGAGAAGAUCACCGGCAUCGGUGAGCAGGCGAUUACGGCGAAAGGGCGCGGGACGGUGAUCCUGGAAAGCAACAUUGGGGGUCAGUCAGAGACGAUCACCCUACAUAACGUGUUGUACGCACCUCAGGCCGUGAAUAAUCUAUUUUCCAUCCCUCGUGUCGACGAAUCCGGAGGCCGCGCGACGUUCCGCGACGGCAAGGUGCGCAUUUCGAACUCAGCGGGACGCGAAGUCCUGAUCGGAAGCUUGAGGAACCGCUUGUACUGGCUCGAUGCGCGAGCAAGGCGGGUGAAGAACCACGCCGGCGUUGCAGAUGGAGAUGACGAGGGGACGGGGGGAGCGCAUGGCGAGACGUGGGAGGCGUGGCAUAGGCGCUACGGCCAUAUCAUUGACCCGAAAUCCCCCCAGAUCACCCACUGCGACGCGUGCAUCCAGGCGAAGAUGCACCGCCAACCACUACCGAGGCAGGCUCGGCAUCGCGCACAGAACACGGGCGAAGGCGCUCAUAGCGACCUGUGGGGGCCAGCGCGGACGCGAUCGUAUCACAGUACUGUUCUUGAAGGACAAGGGCCAGGCACGCCAGCGUGUCGUUGAGCACAUCGAAUGGCUCGAAAGGCAGUACGGGUACAAAUUAAAGUGGCUCCGUGUUGAUGAAGGACGCGAGUAUAUGAGUGAUAAGCUGACGGACGAGCUGGCGAAGAGGGGGAUCGAGCUCCAUCAGACGGCGCCG